AAAAAAGAUUGAAAGUAAAUUCUUGACCCUUGAAACAGGGUCAGGAAUUAACAAGAACAAGAUGGCAGGAACAAGAUGUUCUCAUUUGAACAUAUGAAAGCUGGGUCAAAAUCCCAUCUGCUGAGCAACACAGUGUGAUAUGAACAAAAGCUCCAGGACAGCAACUAAAUGGACCAUGUGGUGUGAUUGUAAUGUUAACUUCAUUGACAUUAACAGCUAACCUCAGUGUUUUUUUAUUUGCUCAAUUGUUUUCUAAUUUCAGAUAAAACAGAAAAACUGUGGAAUAUAAAUGGAGUUAAUAUGGAGAGAAAGGAAACAUGCAAUAUGUCUGAGUUGUUCUUUGCUAUAUAAAGGUGUCUCUGCUUCACCAGUGAAGACCCGUCAUUUAUUAGUUGUCUCUAAGUCUAUGUGGGUUGCUUGGCAACGGUACUGGGUGCUGUGGAGGAAGGCAACACUGCAAACAGAGGCGGCUGCAUCCAGCAUGUUUCUGGAUGUGUGAGCAGCGCUAGGGUGUCACACCACACACUGUACAGUAAUGAAUCCCAUUUUCUGGGUUGAAAGAUUUGCAAAUCUUUAGUGGGAAUGCAAAAAUCAAAUGAGAUAAACAUGAAUUCCUUAACACAACUCAGUGUUUACACAGCCUUAAGUAAUCUGAUUGCACAUUUGUUGGCAUCAUUCUUCACAGCGUUUUUGCAUUGGAGACCGUACUGUGUUGUUUCACCAUCUAGAAACAUGUUCGUUCUUUUGCAUCAAUACAGAGAUGACACAAGUGCUGCCUGGUGUUUGGUGCAGGAUUCAUAUUAAGUGUAUGGGGAGAGUGACGCAUACAAUACACUUUUGGCAUUUUAUUAUUAUGGCAACUUAAUGUAGCAGUUGUCUGAAAUAAAAAGGCAUGAAAAUACUGUAAAAACAUUUAAUUUUUUUUUAUUAGAAAAAGGAAAAGAUUUCCACAGUUUAGCAGCCACAACAGUGAUACGAUCACCUUUAGGCUUACGCUUUGUGUGCAAUGUAAUUAAUAAGCUAAGACCUAAUGAUCUCAGUGGCUUACUGCUGAUGUAAAGCUGUAGUUACCAUGACGUAGCUGAUCAUGCAGAUGUGAGGGUAACUUUUAACUGAAUUCAAAAUGAUAAGGGGAGCCACUGAAGGACUCUACAAGAGGGACUUCCAGUGAUCAAAGUGAGAUCAAAUGAACACGAGUAAUUGUUUAAAUCUGGGUUUAAAAAAUAAUUAGCUGUAUGUUUGCAAAAUACGACAGAACCAAACAUUUAAAAUGCACCUCAAACGUCAAGGCCUGGUCAGAAGAAAGGCUGGACUGUCUGUUACAACAAGAUAUCAGGGACUUGUUGAUGGCAGAGCCCACACAUGAACAAAUAGACCCAGAGCAUUUGUUGUACAAUUUUAAUUUCUUAUAUAAACAGGGGUCUAGAUGAUGGAUUUAUACGGCUCAAAUAGUCUUGGUGAGACACUGGAACUGUUGCAGAAUGGGGGACAAAAAGGACCUGAGAGUAAUGGUGACAAAUCAAUUAAUAAUCCUAUAAUGUUACACAUACAGUUCUUCUCACUUCCUGGAUUUGUAAUAUGUACGUCAAUUACAAAAGUGAGAGACUUGAAUCUGAGGAUGGACUCCUUGCAACAUAUAGAUAUUGACCUCUAUCAAAUGUUUGCAGAGCAACCAACCAUUUGUAUAAUUGGAGUUUCAGUCAAAUAAAUAAAAACAAACGUCUUCUGAUUUUGUAUGUGGCUGCAGAUACAGCAUUCCACUUACAGUAUGUGCACUGCAAGAUGUUUUUUGUUCUGAUAUAGAAUGAAAUUUAAAUACUUACACAUUGGGUAUAAAUUGGCUUCAUGACCACCAGAGGUGUAAUGUGCAUUGGAAUGUACCACUGUAUAUACGUUUGGCCAGUAUCCUCCCUCUAACAGACUCCUCAUGGUACAACCCAACAACAUCUUAAGGUGCUUUCAAUGUCUGUAGGAAAUUGACACUCUAGUAUGAACGAGUGACCAAAGAGGUAAUUGUAAAGAGAGUGUUUCAUAGCCUACCGUAAGUAAAGAUUGCUCUCGCCAUACGUCACACUUUUCUGAAUGUCUAAAUUGAUCUUAAAAAAUGAUUCAGGGUCCCUUGGACCAAACAUUUAAAUGUAAUAAAAAAAAUCGAUUGGCAAUGUGUGGAAAAACCGGCAACAUCCCAUUUGAACUAGACUGACGUAACCAAGUGCAUCGUGUGUCACUAAAAUGCCGUAAAUUGUGACGAGCAUUUGUUUUGAUAAAUAAUGGUUAGUUGCAUUCUUAAACGGAGGGAACGAGCAGCACUUGAACGCAGCAUCGGGCUCCAGAAACACACGCAGCCAGCAGCGUGUGUUUGGCGAAACAUCAGUGUGCUGCUGUGUGUGUGUGUGAAUGGUAUAAACACAAAACAAACCUGCGUCGAGGUGAUGUUUCGGGGACAGGACCGCGGCCAGAGAGCCGAGCAGAGGAUGUAACGCAGCUCCAGAGCCGCUGGGACCGCACGAGGCAGGCUGAAUACAAUAGGAACCGCCGAGGAGAGGAGGCGAUGGUGGGGAGAGGAGCAGCGGGGGGAGCGGGUUUCACAUACACCCGAGCUUCAGCCUUUUGAAACCACCAUUAACUUUGAAACUGGGUUAUACAUUUAGAAAACACCUCCAGUAUGUCGGAUCCGAGUCACUGGUCUGCGAUGCCGAACCAGAACAAGUCCCAUUUUGUUCCGGGAUCUCUGCUGAAGCGCUCAAAAAGCUGUCGCAGCAGCAACAGGAAGAGCCUCGGUGUCGGGACGCCGUCGCCCACGCUGUCCCGGCCGCUUUCCCCGCUCUCACUCCACACUGCUGCGAGCAGCCCUCUAGACAGCCCACGAAAUGUGUCGACCAGCGCCUGCCUCAACUUCCCAUUUGCCCGAAGCCACUUGGCUCGCGCCGACAGAGCUGAGGGCCGGAGAUGGUCCCUGGCAUCCCUCCCCUCAUCGGGCUAUGGAACCAACCCGCCGAGCUCCACUGUGUCGUCCUCCUCUUCCUCCCAGGAGCGUCUUCACCAGCUUCCCUACCAGCCGACUCAAGAUGAGCUGCACUUCCUCUUCAAACACUUCCGCAGCACAGACAGCAUGACGGACGAGGACGGGCGGCCCUCGACCGUCAUGCGACCUCGGUCUCGGAGCCUCAGCCCCGGACGAUCGAAUUUCUCCUUUGAUAAUGAGAUUGUCAUGAUGAACCAUGUUUACAGAGAACGAUUUCCAAAGGCCACAGCCCAGAUGGAGGAGCGCUUGUUCGAGAUUAUCACCCACUGCUCUCCAGACAGCUCCCUCCCGCUGGCUGACGGGGUGCUGGGCUUCAUCCAGCACCAGUUGGUCGAGCUGGUUAGAGACUGUCUGGACAAGUCCCAGAAGGGCCUGGUGACUUCCCGCUACUUUGCUGAGCUGCAGGAGAAGCUGGAGAAGCUGCUUCACGAGGCCUAUGAGCGCUCUGAAAGCGAGGAGGUAGCCAUCAUCAUCCAUUUGGUGAGGAAGAUCCUCAUCAUAAUCUCACGGCCAGCUCGCCUCCUGGAGUGUCUGGAGUUUGACCCCGAAGAGUUCUACCACUUACUUGAGGCAGCAGAGGGUCACGCCAAAGUCGGCCAGGGAAUCAAGACGGACAUCCCGCGCUACAUCAUCAGCCAGCUGGGUCUGACACGGGACCCAUUAGAAGACAUGGUACAGCUUGAACAGUAUGAAGCCAGUCCUUCAGUGACAGUGGAAACAGACGGUAUUGUGGAGAAUAAGGCCCCACAGACGCUGACACCGACUCGAAGGAAACCUUUUGAGAGUGACUUUCAAACAAUCAAACUCAUUAGUAAUGGAGCUUACGGGGCUGUAUAUCUGGUCCGUCACAAGGAGACCCGCCAACGGUUUGCCAUGAAAAAGAUAAAUCGGCAGAACCUGGUCCUGAGGAACCAGAUCCAGCAGGCUUUUGUGGAGCGAGACAUCCUGACUUUUGCCGAGAACCCCUUUGUGGUCUCUAUGUUCUGCUCUUUUGAGACACGACGUCACCUCUGCAUGGUCAUGGAGUAUGUGGAAGGUGGAGAUUGUGCCAACCUGCUCAAGAACAUGGGCCCACUGCCUGUAGAAAUGACAAGGUUGUAUUUUGCUGAAACAGUCCUGGCCCUGGAGUACCUGCACAACUAUGGUAUUGUGCAUCGGGAUCUCAAACCUGACAAUUUGUUGAUUACAUCCAUGGGCCACAUCAAGCUGACGGACUUUGGCCUGUCUAAAAUUGGCCUGAUGAACAUGACCACCAACCUGUGCGAGGGUCACAUGGAGAAAGACACAAGAGAGUUUGUAGAUAAACAGGUGUGUGGCACUCCGGAGUACAUUGCCCCGGAGGUGAUCCUCAGGCAAGGCUAUGGGAAGCCCGUGGACUGGUGGGCGAUGGGGGUCAUCCUCUAUGAAUUCCUGGUCGGCUGCGUUCCGUUCUUUGGAGAUACUCCUGAAGAGCUUUUUGGACAAGUUGUCAGUGAUGAAAUCAUUUGGCCAGAAGGAGACGAUGCUUUACCAGUUGAUGCCCAGGAUCUGAUCACCCGCUUGCUCAGGCAGAGUCCUUUAGACCGACUGGGAACGGGCGGAGCCUCAGAGGUCAAACAGCACCCAUUCUUCCUGGGUUUGGACUGGAAUGGACUCCUGAGGCAGAAAGCUGAAUUCAUCCCUCAGCUGGAGGCGGAGGACGACACCAGCUACUUUGACACUCGUUCAGAGCGUUACCAUCAUUUGGCGUCUGACGAAGAUGAAGAAACCAAUGAUGAAGAGUCUUCCUUGGAGAUCAGACAGUUUUCUUCCUGGUCGCAUCGCUUCAGCAAGGUUUACAGCAGCACAGAACAUCUGGCAACACCGUCCAACUUGAGCUUCUCCUCUGACCGCAGCCACAGCGAGGAGAAGGAGGACCGUGGGGACGUUGGAGGGUUGAGUCCCUCCCUGAGCCAAGCAGAGGGCGGCGUGGAGCGCACACAUGCCGGACGCAUGGCCAGCCUUCGCCCCCGGGCUUCCUCCAGCUCCUCCCAGUCUGAGAGGAGCACCAGUCCUCUGGUGAUGAGCAGCACCCAGAGCCUGGAGACGAUGCCCCGCUUUGCCCUCUCCACUGACGAUGAAGCUGAGGUGGUUGUGUCGAACCUUCGGAGGAUCAGGAUUCGCAGCAACAGCACUGGGGCCAAACACUCGUCCCCCAAGGACCCGACCGCCCCCCGGCGCUUCGGUAACCAGCUGGAGACGCCGGACAGACAGAGGCUUCCCUGUGGUGGGAAGGUUCCCAAAUCGGCCUCCAUCUCAGCCUUGUCUCUUAUCAUCACUACAGAUGACUUGCCUGGCGGCCUCCAGCCCAGUCCCAUCUCCCCACGCUCUCUGUCCUCCAACCCUUCGUCCCGUGACUCCUCCCCCAGCCGGGACCUGUCGCUCAGCCCUUGCAGCCUGAGGCCUCCCAUUGUCAUCCACACAUCAGGGAAGAAGUACGGCUUCACUCUGCAGGCCAUCCGGGUCUACAUGGGCGACAGCGACGUCUACACGGUGCAUCACAUGGUGUCGAGUGUGGAGGAGGGCAGCCCAGCUCACCAGGCAGGUCUCCGCACUGGAGACCUCAUCACCCACGUGAACGGAGAGUCUGUCCAAGGCCUGGUCCACCCUGAGAUGAUAGAACUGCUAUUGAAGAGUGGAAGCAAGGUGGCGCUUCAGACCACAGCACUUGAGAACACGUCAAUCAAAGUGGGUCCAGCUCGGAAGACCAAACACAAAGGCAAGAUGGCUCGUCGCAGUAAGAAGAGCAAGAGGAGAGAUAAUUACGACAGGCGACGAAGCAUCUUGAAGAAGCUGUCCAAGCAGAGCACAGUGAUGCACAGCAGUCGCAGCUUCAACUCAGGCCUCCACCACUCCGUUUCCUCCAGCGAGAGUCUUCCGGGCUCCCCGACACACAGCCUCUCCCCCGGCCCUUCCACACCCUGCCGAAGUCCCGCACCCGACCAUCAGGUUUUUGACAAUAACUCUCCUCAGAGCACGUCUCCUUGCUCCAGCUCUCCCAGUUCCCCCGCUGCACACAUCCGGCCCAGCUCUCUCCACGGCUUAGGCUCCAAACUCAGCACGCAGCGCUACACCAAGGUGGGUCGCCGCAAGUCAACCAGCAACAUCCCCCCCUCGCCCCUGGCCUGCAACUCAUCCUCCACCCAGCCUCUUUCUCCACAGCGCUCCCCCUCUCCGCUGUCAGGCUUUGCCAAAACCUUUCACGGCUACCACGGCAAAACCCUGUCCCCACCUACCAUCGUUAGACACAUUGUCCGGCCCCGCAGUGCCGAGCCACCUCGGUCUCCUCUUCUUAAGAGGGUACAGUCAGCUGAGAAGCUGUCUGGUGUGUAUCAUGCCGAUAAGAAGUCGUACACCCCUCGCCGGCACACGCUGGAAGUGCCGUUUUAUUGUGAGGGGGACCUGCUGGGUGACUGUGAGGCAGAGGGUUCCUGUGGAGGCUCGUACAUCGGGGCCGAUCUCGGUAGGCUGGGCGGAUACAUCGGUAGCCAGAGGCUGAGGGACUCUGGGAUUGAACGAUCGGAGCAGCUGGUCGUGAUGCGAAAGCUCAACCUAUCAGAGCGGCGAGACUCCUUUAAGAAACAGGAGGCGGUGCAGGAGGUGAGCUUUGACGAGCCGGAGGAGAAAACCAGCACCACGGUUACAGUGACGCCCACAGCUCCAGGAGCCCAUACACAAAAUCAGCAGCAGCAGCAGCAGCAGCACAGGACAGAGUGGAUGGUCACCCGACCCCAAACCAGCGUGGAGGUGGAGCUGGAAGUGCCGGUGGUGAGGAGGAUCACACUGGUGCCCCAGAUUGCCGUGCAGGGCUCAACGGAGAGUGAGCAGGAUGAGUGGGAGCCGUGUUCAGAUGGAGAGGAAACCAACGAAACGGCACAGCUGCAGGUAGGCAUCACUUCCUCUCAACCGCAGCAGGCAGGACUUCCUCUUGGUGACCACAGCUGCAAGCAGGCAGCAGAAACCGCCUCCACUGGUCCUCAGGUUGGACCAUCGACGGAGAAGACGGAGUGCAGAGAGGGAACGCCACAAAAAGGGCAUCUGAGAAAGUGACAACUCACCACUGCACUCGUUUCAACGGCUCAUAUCUUUUCUUUCAAGUCUCUCAGAAUCUGUAAACUCAUUUACAAACUCUGGCUGAGAAAAGUAGGAGAAGAUUUUACUUGAAUUUUUUACUUGUAAAUAUGUGCCUCGAUGCAUUGCAGAGGUUCUGGUCUUAUUUAUUACAUUUGUCAACUACGAUGAGUUAGUAACGGGGCAAGAGGGAAGUUCUCAUUGGUCGAAUAGCCACGGCUCAGCAUUUUUCUAACCAUAAAAUGUGGUUUUAUGUCUUUUGACUGGAUAGUUUUUUUGUAUAAAUGUCUAUUUUUUGAAUAAAUUGUUGCAGUACAGAUUAGUUUGACAAAAGCUGGGCGUAAUUGUUGCAGGACCAAAAGGUACAAGGUUUUUUUUUUUUUUCAGUGUCAGUUCAGAUCUGAACAGUACAGCUUCCAAUGAUGUAAUACUGCUAUUAUAUUCAUCUCCAUGACCUUUGGUUCACACUGAAAGCAACAUGGUUGAUUCUAGUCAUUUUCUUAUCUAUUGUCAGCAGUUGUGUCUAAAAUAUACAUUAAGCUUUUUCUUUUCUUUUUUGCGGCUUUGCUUUGUCACUAGAUCUCUAGAAGAAACCGUCAAUGCAACCAAGACACUAACUAUCGUUCAUGAAAGAAUCACAUCGGAAAGAAGCAGCACUGUAUUAUGAUUGUCUGAUGGGAGACAGAUGGAGAAAAAAAACAUAGUUGAGUUAUCUGUGUUUCUAAUAAUUCAUUCACGUGUUGAUCAUGUUCCUUGCAGUGUGAAUUCAUGGUCACAGUUUUUCUGGUCAGUGCGGGGUAAUAUUUCACACCGAAGGUACAAUCUGUUAUGGAGACGAGCUGAAGCUGACUCAAAAAGGGCAUUAUGUGCCAUGAUAUCAGUGCAGUGUCCUCAAAGCCAUGUCUUUGAAGGCGGAAGUGUCACUUCAAAUUCGUACGCUCAACUCAACAUGAAGACAUUUCUAAAUGUAUUUUUUUCUGCAAUCUUAACAUCCCUUGAAAAAUGAAGUUGAGGAUGAAGUCCUGGAUGUUACAGAUCAUGACACUCUGCUUUGUUGCUACUCGAUAUUAACUUAGUAUGAUGCCAUAUCAUAGAGGUAUCUCAAAUUUAGUUAUUUUUAAGUUGUUUUUUUUUUUUUAUAUUCCUGCCCACAUUUUGACAUCUGUAAUCACAGAUUCAGCAUGGCUCUACAUGUCUCCCUGUAAUAACGUGUUCUACUCAAAGCAUGCAAUUUGCAGGAAAAACAUUGAGCAGCCAAAUCGAAGUCUACGUCGUCUUCAGAGGCUGGAGGGAAAUAUCUUUUUGUUCAAAACAUUUUGGUAUUUAUAGUUUGGUUUAUUUUUUUCCUAUAUUAAGACGUUUUGUACCUGGAAAAGUGUUGAAUCAUUGUGUAUUCUUUUCCUGAAACGGUAGUUUUUGUCUUUGUUUUUUUCACAUGAGCAUGUAAGAGACACCAUGCCCACAAGACCUGUUCCUACUUAAUGUACUGUGUGGUGAUGUUUACAUCAAGGGGCAACGUGCACUAAUGUAUUUUGUAAGUGAAUGUUAAAGGUAAAUUGAAAAUGGCAGAGGGAAACCCUUACAUUGAAUCCAAACCCAGGGCUUCUUUGAACAAAUGUUUUAUGUCUUUGUAUCGUACAAAUAUUGAUGUAUAUUUUGAUAACACGGAUGUGUGUAAUUCUGAUGUGUUGAAGGACACAAUAUGCACAAUGACAAUUUCAGGCACCGGGAGUUUUGGAAGUCUGACUUGAGGGAAUAAGCUGUUGGUAUUUUGGAUGUACUUCCCAAAUUUGAGGUUUAUUGUCUUCUUUGUCGGUGGCUGUUGCUGGAUUUUGUACCAAUUUUCUCCUUCUAAAUCAUCGGACUUGUUGAUGAGUUACUUAAGUCCCUCUUUCUCCUUAAAUCUCAUGACGACCUUUUACAGGAUGCUUUCGUCGUCAGUGAACCGCACGGAGAGAUUAUGUUGCUGAAUGGCUCCAUUAUUUUUGCAGUCUGACAGAAUGGUUUACAACAAACAAACAUGCUAUGUACUGUACAAACAUUUUAUAUGCCGUGGCUGUAUAUGAUGACGCUACCGUCUUUGAUGCCAUGAAUGAAAACAACAUUCAUAGAAAUCAAAGCUGUUUUUGUUGUUUUGAAAAUGUUCAGAAAGAGUAAUUUAGCAACAAGCUGAGAAGCAUUAAGUGUUUUUACAUGCACUUAAGUAACUAGUUUUUGAAAAUACAUGUUUUCCUUGGUGUUACGUAAAGGGAGAGUAAACGAGGGUGACAACUAGAGUUCUGCUGGGAUUUCUUUCCAUGUGUGCUCUUGUAAUGUUUUUUUCACAUGUGCACAUUUGCAUGAAAAAUACGUCAUACAGGGAAAGUAAUGCUGCAGAAAACAAAUCGUUACUCUAGAGGUAUGUUUGUGUAAAUACAAUAAUAGGUUACAAGUCAGACAAACUAAAACUGCUCAGUAAGGGAUAACCUGUACUCUAAAAUGUACUGUGGAAAGGCUCCAUAGCUAAAGAAUGCACCAUAACACAUAAAAUACGCCAGUCGUACUUCCAAAAUGAUUAGGGAAAACACUUUGCAGUGCAUGUAUACCCGGAUUUCUCCAAAUAACCUGGUUUCUUAUGUGAAUGUAAAUGUUGUCGAUGCUUGAUGGAUCCCUUCUGGUUGAAAGCGUCUUAUUACUGUAACCACACCCAACAGUGACGUGACAGUUGUAGGCUGCAAGCUUAAAACAAGAACAGCCACUGGAUAGCAUAGAUUCUCAGCUGGUGUUAAACUUGCUCUUAAAGAACAAACUGGCAGGUCAAACUGUUGUAUAUGUGCAUGUGUUCUCGUGUCGACUCCUCUGUUCAGUGCAUGCUGCAUGAGACGAGCACACAUCUGUAAUACUUGAUUGCAUGGUAUACCGGCGUUGCAGCCCUGUACUGUGUUUUCUUGUGCAACAAAUAAAAUUUGUACUUCUCAUCCUUAA